GUCGCACAGACACACAACGAAGUUCUGAUGUCGGUAAUUGCUUCUCACCGUCAGCCAAGCAGCAGCAUGAACCCAUACUCGGAAUUUACCUGCCUCUACACGAGUCAGAAGUUGAAAAAAGCCAAGACUUGGCACGAUGGCCACCUUCGACACUUCCACAACAAUUCCAAGGUGGUUCUGUAUGACACCAAGUUCGGCGUCCUUGACAGCACAUUCCGCCGCGGAGUCGCAAUUGCUGUUGGCGAUGAUAUGGAUAUGGACAAGCAUCUAGUAACUGUGGAGGACUUGACAGUAGCCUACGCCACUAAUUCUGGAGAUCAGCGGCAGAUAUCGCACUCAACUCCAACUCCAGCUCCAGCAACGCUCGUGCGUAGGACUCCAGCGCCGCUACAUAGAUCAGUAGCAACAAAGACUUCCAUCAUGGCGACUUCGUCAGCAGUAUCGACCAUGAGAUCCACUGCAUUGUCCUCGCCUUCGAAUAACGCCAAACAUCCGGCCAAUGGUUCGGCAUCUUCUUCAUCUGAGUUGGUCAAUCAGACCACGUUGCAGCAAGGAAACGACGGGGAAAGUGUUUCUUUGGUCACUAUACCACAAGAAACGAAGCGAAAGAAAUGGCGGUCACCAUUUACAAAUACAGCACCUCCGACAGCCUCAUCUUGGUCAUCAAGUGGCGGGGAUUGGGAGUCAAUCGACUAUCAAGAGAUUCAGGAAGCAUUUCCCAGCACUAUGGAUGAGGAGGAGGAGUUGAGACAUACAGUAACUGAAACGGAUAAUGCUCUUUCGAAAGCAGUAUCUAGUGCGAGAAUUACGACUACGAAUACAACAGCAACACUAGCAACCGCUACGACUACAGCGAGGCCUGCUCCGAAAAGGCGGAAAGUGGGACUAUCGAGAGUUCCGAAUGCCAUAAGCUCGUCUAUCCAACUAACUAUGGGAUCACCACAUCGGCCACCUAGCACACAGCUCGAGUUUCCAAAUGCCGCUCGCUGCACCAAUUUUACUGGGAAAAACUCAAAUCAAUUACUUCGUCGUUCACUGGCGCUUGGAGCUCGAUUUAUGUCCACCAACCAGUACAAGGAUGGCAUGUCUUUUCUGAUAUACGAGCAUCUACAGCUUGUGGUGAUCGAGAGCGCUAUUGCUAUGUGGAGCAUGAAGACGAAUGCCAACAUGAGCGAAGGAGAGUCAUUGGAUGCACAGUACAGGAGCCGCGGAAUACAUAUGCACUCUGGGUCGACACUGCGGAGACGAGGCGAUGCCUAUCCUGGAUUUCCUGUGUACAGUGAAAGAUCGUUCAAGGGAGCAGAUCCUCCGGGAGCAAGCGUUGCGCUCGUCCAGCCCGCAACACAACAGGGGGCUACUUUAUCUGUUACCAACAAAGAGCAUCACUCAAAAUACUCCAAAGACGACUUGUGGGUGGUCUCCACCACGCUUCGGUUCGACACAGCAUCGACUUUUUUUGCACGCUCGAUAUUCUAUGGGCCAUCUGGGAGUGAUGUCGAGUUGCUUUGCCUGUCCCAAAAAGAUUCGAAUGCGGCCAGGAACAUACUCGCGAAUGGAAACCAAGUGUGCGCUAUACGGCUUUUCAACGCCAUGUCCGAGUUUAUGAUGCUAGAUAACUUGUCAGAAAAUUUGACCCGCACGCCUUUACUUCCGGCCCUGUUGAACUAUGUGCCUCCAGAGCUCGUUAAGGCGUCCAAGGCAUCAAUUUUCAAAGCGCCUUCACGUAUUCCCGAGAAAUCGGGAUGCAUUGUAUUGACAGAUGAGGACGGCAUUGAAGUGGAAUUGGAGAUCCGUGAGGCUAUUGCUCAGUAUCGAUUGAAUGAGGAACAGGCUACUGUCCUUCGAAAUUUUGCGCAGGCUGUGAUCCGGGCUCCUGGUUGGGUGCAAAAGUCUUCAGAUUCAUCGUCAGUUCUUCUGGUCCAUGGUGUUUUCGGUGCUGGAAAAAGUUUCCUUAUUGCGGUGUUGAUUGUCUUUAUCGAUAAUAUCAUCAACAAAGCUCGUCCUCUUCCAAGGGAAGAGAGAUCUUGUCGAUUCUUGGUCGCAUCCAUGACAAACGUGGCAGUGGAUAGGAUUUUGACGGUACCUUCUAUUGUGCGAUUGCUAUAACAAGAAUGGGUUGUCAUUUGAAACAGCAUAACUAACGUUUAUGUGCAUUUUAGGCUCUGCUUGACCUGAACUAUG